UUUAAAUAAAAGUUAAUACAAAUGAUUUACCAUAGUAACAUUCAUUGGGUUAUUGAUAGAUGAACUUCUAAAUAACGCAAAUAAUAUGUUACUAUGGUAGUUAGACUAUGGAAUUGGGAUUUGGAACCUCCUCUGUGACAUCAUAUUGUGUCCAAGCACAGUCACAUUAUGACAUCAUGAACAGUCUCACCUGUGGUUCAUUGUGACAUCACCAUGCCUCUGUAUCCAUUUGGGGUCAACAAAGUCAGUGGGUCAUGAGGUAUGGCAUCUUGGAGGUUGUCAAAUCCAUCAACUGCCCCUGUCUGUGGGAGGCGUAGGGGGCUUAGGAGACCUCUCUCCAUGGCCAGAGACUCACUGAAAGUGCUGAGGAGGGGGAGAGAGAGGAGAGGGAAGCGUGGGACUCCGGCUUUCCCCUGCCCACCAGGAGCCUCUGAGCCAACAGAGAGGAGAGACUCUCCCCAGCCACAGCGCAGGAGAAUGGACGCCAACUCUGUGAGGAGGUGCAGGCCUCCACUAGUCGCCUCUAGAGAUGGGAUGAAACGCUCUCCCCGUAAGAGGCUGGAGGCCGACUCUGUGAGGAGGUGCAGGUCUCCGUGCGGAAGAAGGAGAAACUCUCCCCAAGGCAGGAGGUUAGCCAACCCUAUCAGGAGACGCAGGACCCAAAUCGAGAGGGACCAAUCUCCUGGGAGCUGCAGAGAGAGGGAGGGAGAGAGGGAUGAGAGUAAGGAAGAAGAGGAAGGAAGCAGCAGCAGCAGCUCCAGCUCUGCAAGUGAGAGUGAGACAUCUGGAGAGAGUGAAGGAGAAAGACAGGAGAGAGAAAGUAGAAGAGCGAUGAAGGAGGCUGCUUGUCUGUUUGAAGAGAUAUCAGGGCUGAGGGUCAGGGAGAGUCACUCCCAGGAGACAGAGAGUGAGGAGGAACAACAACAACAAGCAUUCCCUUAUUUGUUGAGAGUAAGGACCAACAGAACACCCAACCAUUUACUAAGAGAGAACGCUAGAGGCCGAGCCAGACCCAAACCAAAACCAAGUAGGAGCGAACCCACCAAUAAGGACUCUCCCGGUCCAUCCCGAGCCAAGAACCCACGCAUGAGGCCCAACAUGAUCAAACUAAAGUCCAGAGAGAGAGUCAAAGCCAAGGACACGGGGGAGGAAUCGCUCCUGAGCCGACGCAGAAGUCGUAGUGAGACAUCCAGCAGAAGUCCUUCUUCUCAGAGUGAGACAGUAGGAAGACAGGUCACUCCGGCCUUAACGUACACUUAUAGACUAAGGCCCAGAGCCCCAGCUCCAGCUCCACAUAGGCAGGCUGAGCUUGAGAGAGAAGCUGCUGCCAUUAGAGAGAAAGGGAGGAAGAGAAAAGAGGAAACCCUGAGAGGACAGAACGAAGUCAAGGAGGAAGACGAGGAGGAGGAGGAGGAAGAUGAGAGCGCAGUUCUUUCCUGCUCGGGACUGAAGGGAGGGAGGGGAGGGAGGGGAGGGUUGGUGAACAAUGGUAAGGCACUAAACCUGAGAUGGCGUGAGGAUAACACCAAACGGAAGAGACGAAAAAGGGCCAGAGAGGAGGAGGAGAGCAGUGAGGAGUUGGUGGAGAGGGUGUGGUCCAGGGAGGGCUGGAAGAGGAAUAAGAACAAUAGAAACACUAGUCCGGAGAUACCCAUUGUUGUCCACUAUCUAACACGACAAAGGAGAGGCCAGUUGAAGAACCCACUACCCAACUAUAGAGGAUCAUCCUCUUCUUCAUCUUCAUCCUCAGACUCCAGUAUCUUUAAUCUUGGACCCAACCCCAGUAGCUUUGAGUCUCUCUUCACACUGGGGAGCAUGCUGGGUAAAGGAGGAUGUGGGGCGGUCUACGCCGCCAUGCGCAAAAGUGACGGCCAACAGGUGGCCAUAAAGUAUGUGAACAGAGGAAUGGCUGAGCCAUACGUAAAGCUUCCCGGAGAGAGGAGUGCCUUGCCCCUGGAGGUGGCCCUGAUGCAGAUCGUCUCACGGCCCCCGUCCUGCUGCUACGUUCUGGGCCUGCUGGAUUGGUUCGAGGAGGCCGAGCGUUUCAUCCUGGUGGUGGAGAGACCCUAUCCCUGCAUGGACCUGUUUGAUUUCAUCGAGGAGCUGGGAGGCCGGGUGGACGAGUGUCUGGCCAGGAUCAUCAUGAUACAGGUGGUACUGGCUGUUCGGCAUUGCCGCGACCGAGGGGUCUUGCACCGAGACGUCAAGGCUGAGAACCUGCUGGUGCAGACGGACAACCUGCGGGUUAAGCUCAUCGACUUUGGCUGUGGAGACCUUCUGAGAGAAUCCUCCUACAGAGACUACUCAGGCACAGAGGAGUACUGUCCUCCAGAGUGGGUGCUGAGCGGUGUGUACCAGGGCCGCCACGCCACCAUCUGGUCACUGGGGGUACUGCUCUACGGCCUGGUGUGUGGCCGUCUGCCCUUCAACAAGGAGGCUGAUAUCAUUGCUGGUCGCCUGCGCUUCAAAAAGGGCCUGACUAAAGAGUGUAAAGAGUUGAUCAACUGCUGUCUGCAGCAGGAUCCCACCAAGAGGCCUGUUCUAGAGCAGAUCCUCCUUCAUGACUGGAUGGCAGAGGGACCGUUGAUCUAGGAUGAACUUUAUGAGACUGGGUGAUCUACCACCUGGGUCAGCUGUGGCGGCUCGCAGGUUACCAUGACAACAACAAUCAGGGAAGAAAUGCAAAAUGAACCGUUGCAAGAUACCAGUAUAUGAAUAAAGAGAAGAAAGCAUUGAUUGGCAUGUAAUUAUUAUUUAUUUUUUUUGCAGUUUUUUCAUAGACAUUUUCCAUUGUCUUGUUUUUCCAUAGAGAAACUUUAGUAUUUGAAAUUUAAGAAAUGUGAAAAUUUCUGAAAAAAAUUACAAAACAAAUAGUAAGAUGUUUGUUUAUUAAAUCCAGAAUUGUUCUAUACAGCAUAUAUAUAAAAAAAAAAAAGAA